AUGUUGAGGAUUUGGGAUGUGAACCAGACAAACAAAGAUGGAAGCUCUGGGCUAUACCUGGCAGCUCGUGGUGGCCACAUCAUGGUUGUUCAGAAGCUCCUAGACUUGGGAGCCAAUAUAGACGCACCGGGGUUUCAGUACGAGAAUGCACUUCGAGCGGCGUGUUUUUGGGGGUUGACGGAAAUAGUGCAGCUUCUGAUCCAUCAUGGCGCCUCUUCCUCUGUGCCUAGAAGGGGGGAAUAUUACAGUCCCCUGCAGGCGGCUUUGGCGAGUGAUAACAAUGCAGUUGCAGAACUCCUGCUUGAUGCUGGGGUCAAGCUUACUACACAACAGCAAUUCGAUGAUGCCAUACAGACCGCAGCUUGCAAAGGGAAUAUUCCAAAUUUCCAGCGGCUUAUGGCAGGGGAUCUAGUUCUUGAUGCUGGAGCUAAUAUCAAGCUUCGAGGACAAUACGGCUUUCCUCUUCGCGCAGCUGUCAUCAUCAACAAUUUUGAAAUCACUAAAUGUCUGCUUGAGAAGGGUACAGAUCCAAACGAAGAAGAUCAUGAGCUGGAAGAUGCCCUUCAGGCUGCUGCAAGCCGCGGCAAUAUAGAGAUAAUGUCGCUCCUUCUUGCUUACAAAGCUGAUGUUCAAGGGUACGGGGGUCAUUUCGGUGAUACACUGCAAGCUGCUGCUUUUGGAGGUCAUGAAAAGGCUGUGGACGUACUUAUUCAUCAUGGAGCUAACAAUUUCUGGGAACAGUCUCGUGGGAGAUACCACAGUGCUCUGGGAGCUGCGUUGUACACUGGGCAGCAGAGCAUAGUGCAAAUGCUUCUUGAAGCAGGUGCAAAACUGAAUCCGCCAAAACUUCAGUUUGCAGAUUGCUUGAAAAGCAAGCAAACGAACGCGAAAUUGUAG